AUGGACGCACACUGCGGACAGGUGCCGCUCACCGUUACGCACGGGUAUGGCAGGGUUAACCAGCUCGGCGGAGUCUUCGUUAACGGGCACCCGUUGCCCUCCGUGGUGAGACAGCGCAUCGUGGAGAUGGCACACGGUGGCGUGCGUCCCUGUGAGAUCUCCCGCCGCCUGCGCGUCAGUCACGGCUGUGUCAGCAAGCUACUGACCAGGUACAAUGACACAGGAAGCAUCAGACCGGGGGUGAUUGGAGGCUCCAAACCCAAAGUGGCCACUCCUAGAGUUGUGCAGAAGAUCCUUCAUCUGAAACACACAAAUCCCAACAUGUUCGCCUGGGAGAUCCGAGACAAGCUGCUGCUGGAGCAAGUGUGCAACCGUGAUGGCGUACCUAGCAUCAGCUCCAUCAACAGGAUCAUCAGAAACCAAGUACAGUCUGAGUCGUUUGAAGCCGUAUCAUCAGCAUCAUCUAUUGCCACGGGAAACGCCUAUUCCUGUGAGUCCACCUAUUCCAUUAGUGGAAUUCUGGGAAUCAGAAAAUGCGGCAAACAUUGGGAAGUUUAG